AUGCCUUCUGCGAAAUUGAGUGUUCCCGACAGUCCUCCUCAUCAUGGAAACGUGCCAGAGCACGCCACAAGCGAGCCGGAGAGCCCCUUCGCAAAGCUAAUCUGGAACCAAAAGAUAAUCGUGAUCCCUAGCUUCACCCUCGAAUCCGGCGUGACAAUUCACAAGGUCCCCGUGGCAUACAAGACUACCGGUCACCUGAACGAGAAUGCCGACAACGCAAUGCUAAUAUGCCACGCCCUCACUGGCAGCGCGGAUGUGGGGGACUGGUGGGGACCCCUGGUAGGCCCUGGGAGGGCCUUCGAUUGGAGCCGGUUCUUCGUCGUCUGCUGUAAUAGCCUGGGGAGCCCUUACGGGAGCGCUUCGCCCUGCACUAUUAACCCCGAGACUGGCAGGAUUUAUGGACCAGAGUUCCCGCUGACCACGGUUAGGGAUGAUGUCAAUAUCCACAAGAUCGUGCUCGAUUACUUGGGCGUCAGGAGCAUUGCUGUGGCAAUUGGAGGCUCGAUGGGCGGCAUGUUGGUACUCGAGUGGGCGUAUUUUGGAAGGGAGUAUGUUAGGUCCAUCGCGCAGAGGCAGAGUAUAUAUUCUGAUCCAAAAUAUGCGGAGGGGUAUUACUCGUUUGACGAUCCUCCCACUACGGGAUUGGGUGCCGCACGGAUGAGCGCCUUGUUGACGUACAGAAGUCGCAACUCCUUCGAAUCCCGAUUCGGCAGAAACACCCCUGACCCUGCCCGCCACCCAUACAUCAACUCCCAAGCCAACCGUCCCCCCACAACCCCAAGCGAGGGACACUGGGCCGUGCACAACGAGGGAUUCCGGAACGCCCUUAGCCUACCGGCCAAGAAACAUGUCCCAACAUACUUCUCGGCGCAAAGCUACCUCCGCUACCAGGGCGACAAAUUCGUCAAGCGCUUCGACGCGAACUGCUAUAUCGCCAUAACCCGCAAACUGGACACUCACGACGUCUCCCGUGGCCGCACGAACGGGGACGUUCAUGCCGCGUUGCAGAUGAUACAGCAACCUGCGCUGAUAAUUGGCAUAGAGAGCGAUGGAUUAUUCACCUUCGCAGAGCAGCAGGAACUCGCGGAGGUUAUACCCAAUGCUAGAUUAGCUACCAUUGAUUCGCCGGAAGGCCACGAUGCCUUCUUAUUGCAGUUCGAGGAGGUCAAUACCCAUAUCACAGGCUUCUUGAGGGAGGUUAUGCCUAGGGUUAUGGCCCGGGAGCCGCUUUGUCCCGCGGGUAAAAUUGGAAACAGGGAUAUUGGGGCUGUGAAUGCUGGGACCGUCGGGGAGGUGGACGAUAUUACCGCCUGGUAGGAUGGCUUUGUUGGUUUGACAGAUGGGGGAAAUUCUCUCUUUUUCCUUUUCUUUUUUUCUUUCUUGGCAACGCAGGUUUCCGCUUUAGCUUUUUUUAUCGCUUUGCUGUACCUUUGGCGGUGAGGAUAAAGAGGGUGUACGUAGAUAGUCUGGCGUUGUCUGUUGUCUGUCGAUACCGGGAGCUGGUUUUGUGCUUGGUUCCGUUCGUUGCCCCGAAUUUGAAUUUGAAUUGAGGAAAA